AUGACAUUGUUGAUCUCGGCACUGGAGAGGCAGAUAUUUGACUUUCUUGGCUUCCAGUGGGCACCAAUUCUUGGGAAUUUUCUACAUAUAAUAGUAGUAAUAUUAGGUUUGUUUGGAACCAUUCAAUACAGACCUCGAUACAUCAUGGUGUACACAGUAUGGACUGCCCUUUGGAUCACCUGGAAUGUGUUCAUUAUCUGCUUUUAUUUGGAAGUAGGUGGCCUCUCUAAGGAUACAGACCUGAUGACAUUCAAUAUCUCUGUACACCGGUCAUGGUGGCGGGAGCAUGGGCCUGGUUGUGUCCGGAGAGUGCUGCCUCCAUCAGCCCAUGGCAUGAUAGAUGACUAUACAUAUGUCUCUGUCACGGGCUGUGUCGUCGACUUCCAAUACCUAGAGGUCAUCCACAGUGCUGUCCAAAUACUACUUUCUUUGAUUGGUUUUGUGUAUGCCUGUUAUGUGAUCAGUAUUUCCAUGGAAGAGGAAGACACCUUUGAUUUCAUAGGUGGACUUGGUACACACUCCUACUACCAGGAUCAUGUUGAGUUAAAGCCUGUUAAACCUGUCGAAAUAAGUAAUGAUAUUGACUCAGAAAUGCGGCUGCUGAACUUGACUUAAGGGGCAAAGCACCACAGACAGCCAGCACUUGGUGGAUCCGACGUGCGUCACCUUCCUUCCUGAGAAUAGACUCUGCCUCCCUGCUUUCCCACGGACCGCGGAGCCCUUAGCUCACAGCCCAUGUGUUAUUAGCAUUGUUUGCUAGAUGUGUUCUAGGUGCUUGGGUGGGUAUUUUUUUAGUCAUUUUCUUCUUAUAUAAAAAAUUGUAAAUUAUUAAAAAAUGGUUUUUAAUUUUUUUAACAAUAUUUAAUGUGAGGCAUGCAAAAUGAAAAAAAAAAAGAGUCUGUGAAAACCUAGUCAUUUCGAAGAGGUAUAUAAGUAUGUGUGUUGUCGGAAGUAUGAAGUCUGCUGCUGACUGCUGAACUUAAACUACGCCAGAUGGAUCGCCUGUGGUCACCAGACAGAGGUAGACCUCUUGACAGUUGAUACAUGAUACAAAUCAUGGGUGCAGCUUUCAUAUGGACUGUGGAAAAGUGUUUCCACCACAAGACAAAAUCACGGAGUCCCCCUUCAUUCCUACUUUCUCAAAACCCAGAACAGCAUCACAGCAGCAUAAAGUUUCAGAGCUGUGCAUGACAACCUGUUCUUCUUGUAUUUUGAAAAAAAAAAUAUGUGUGGGAAAGAGUAAAAUGAUUAGUGGAACUCUUUUCUUCUUUGAGGGGAAUAUCCGCAUCUCUGAGAUCCACACUUUCUACUCUUUAUCCCACUCCUAACAUUGAUGUCAGACCAGAAGAUACAGCUCAUAGGCUAUGGGACAAAUAUCACAGCCAUUUAUCUGCAAUCAGAGACUGUCUGUGGAUAUUCUAAGGGAGCAUUAAAACACUUUUGAGUUCUAUGUAAACACUUCUGAAGAAAACAUUUGCAUCUGAGCUACACCAACUUUUCUUUCUCUUACUCCUACCCAAUUAUGCUGGGGGGAAAAAGGACUGUCUUGAGAACACAUUGUAAUUGUUUUUUUUUUAAUGACAUAAAAUUUGCAAAGGGUAAAAUGCACAAAUGUCAAGGAUAGAACCUGAUUGAUUUGGAAAUAUGUAGACACUCAUAUAAUCAAUGUCUCAAUCAAAAUACAGAACAUUUCCAUCACUUUAAGAAAACUUCAUCAUGCCCUCUUUUCUAAUUAACAUUCUCUAGACAACCAAUGUGCUGUUUUAUCAUUGAUUUUGUCUCUUCUCAGCAUAAUGUACAUGUGUUUUUUUCACAUCACUCUUUUCUGCAUCCCUUAAUUAUUGUUUCCUAUGUGAAAGUAAGUUUUGUUCACUUUGUAUGCCAAACAGAGUGCAGCUUCCUAUAGGUGAUAAAGUUUUGCAAAUGUGCACUAUCUAGUAUGCGGAUUGUUAACUUGCUCCAUGCCUCUCCAAAUAAUCUAUAAAUGGCCUGAAGUUGCUGCAAGUAUUUGUAUAUGUGUAGAUUUCUUUUUCCUUCUUUCCUUCUGGAGUCUGUGGACUUCAUGGGACUGCAAAAUGAAAACUUAGUAUCACAAAGUUUUCCCUGUUCUUCCAAGUUCCUAACAACCACAGUGGACUUUCUCCUGAGUCGUUACUCACUGGUCUCUGGGCUGUGUCCCUCUGUCAAAUGAUACCCAGUUACUCCUGCCAUUCUUCAUCCUACUGAGUAAAAUGAGAUUAAAAUGAAGAGGCAGCAGCAAGCUGAGAAUGGUGAAAUCCAAGCUGCCAUUCUGUAGUCGAGGGACUGAAGCCCUGGCACUUCAGUGCACUGGUCCAGAGCCCUGCUUUUAUAUGGGGGGCUAAGAGCUAUGGUCAAGGGGAAAAAUGGGGACAGGGCCAAAACUGAAGCUUGGGUCCCAGUCUACCUUGAUGUUGGACCAUGUUUGAUGUCUUGGCUGUCUUCCUCAUCUAUGAAGAACUACUAUCUCUAUCUCCCAGAGACAAAGUGAGGAUGUGAUGUCAGACUUUAAGAAGUCUGUAAAGUGUGAGACACUCCACAAUUGGCAAAGGCAAUUGCUAUCAGUACUAUCAAGGCACUAAAUUGGGUCUAGUCUGGAGCUCCAGUGACUCAUUCAAGCUCCACGCAAAGCUAUCAAGAACAACAAACUCUUCUGUGUCCUAA